GUAUUUAAAAUGAAUAAAAAAAUAAAACUUUUUUGAAAUAGAGAGAUGUCGUUGUUGUGUCUUUGUGGAGCGUCAAAGUUGAAAAAAAGCGACAGCCCAAGCGCAUAAAUCAUCCACUGCUCCUUCUUCUCUGGCACAUACACGCUCCUCCCACUUUCUUCUUCUUUCUCUCGACGAAUGUUCUUCGAUCUUUGCGCUCUCUCAAGUCUGUGGAAUCAUUAGUCUCGAGUACUAUUAUUUUGGAGCAAAAAAAAUGGAGGGUAGAGGUUGGCCAUGGAAGAGAAAGUCUUCGGACAAAGCCACGACUGAGAAACCAGUUGUUGGAAUCGAGUCAACUCCUGUUUGUUCUUUGUCCUACUUGGCUUCUCUUGAGAAUCAGGAGAAGUGUAAAAACACAAACUAUGUUCAGAUAACUAUGGAUUCAUACACACAUAUGAGUAGAAUGGAGGAUCAGGUCAAAUUGUUUGAAGUUCAAGUUAAAGAUCUUAAAGAAAAACUCACUCUUGCUCACUCUGAGAUCAACACUAAAGAAUCUUUGAUUCUUCAACAUGCCAAAGUCGCUGAAGAAGCUGUUUCAGGAUGGGAGAAGGCUGAUGCAGAAACUUUGGCACUUAAACGUCAACUCGAAUCUGUUACACUCUUAAAGCUCACUGCAGAGGAUCGAGCAUCGCAUUUGGAUGAUGCGUUGAAAGAGUGUACAAGGCAGAUAAGGAUUGUGAAAGAAGAGAGUGAUAAGAAGCUGCAGGAUGUGAUUCUUGCUAAGACCAGUCAAUGGGAUAAGAUCAAAGCCGAGCUUGAAGGAAAGAUCGAUGAAUUGAGUGAAGGACUACACCGGGCAGCUUCUGACAAUGCAGCACUCACUAGAUCGUUGCAAGAACGAUCUGAGAUGAUAGUAAGGAUUAGUGAGGAGAGGUCUAAAGCUGAAGCUGAUGUGGAAAAGUUGAAGACUAAUCUUCAGUUGGCUGAGAAGGAGAUUAGUUAUCUGAAGUACGAUCUUCACGUUGCUUCCAAAGAAGUUGAGAUCCGCAAUGAAGAGAAAAACAUGAGUUUGAAGUCGGCGGAUAUCGCAAAUAAGCAGCAUCUGGAAGGUGUGAAAAAGAUUGCAAAACUUGAAGCAGAGUGUCAUAGGCUUAGAGGACUUCUGCGGAAAAAGCUUCCUGGUCCUGCUGCUAUGGCUCAAAUGAAGCUAGAAGUUGAAGGCUUAGGGCAUGAAUUCACAGACCCUCGAGCACAGAGAAACAUGUCUCAAAAUCACAAUGCACACAUCGCAAAGGCAGAGAUUUCUACUGAUCAUAAGUUGGAAGAGUGCAAAAGAGAGAAUGUAUAUCUCACAAGACGUACAUUGGAAAUGGAGGAGGAGAUUCAGACGCUUAAAGAACAUCUCUCUGCUCGUAACAAUGAACUGCAGGUUUCGAGAAAUGUAUGCGCUAAGACUCUUGGGAAGCUUAAGAUUCUUGAAGGGCAGAUGCAUAUGUUUAACAAUGACAAGAAUGCUCCAAAAUCAAAUAGCAGAAAUCUCUCUGAAAGUCUAUCCAGUGGUCAUGAUCAUCACUAUCCGCCUAGUGUCACCUCGGUGUCCGAAGAUGGAUUUGAUGAAGAAGGAAGUUCUUCUGAGUGUGGCCCAGCAACCUCACUAGAUUCUCAUAAAGUGAGAAAAGUAAGUGUUAAUGGUUCCUCAAAGCCUAGGAGUUCUAGUAGACUGGAGUUGAUGGAUGACUUCUUGGAGAUUGAAAAGUUAGUAGGUAGUGAUCCAGAUGGAGCUAACUCAGCUUCAAAAUCUUCCAACAGUGUUUGCAGUAGAAGAUCUGUGGAAAAACAGUCCUCUAGUAAGUCCAGUGAGCCAGAUGAGGAUACAACAACACUUGAUCAGCUGCUAAUGGUUCUCCGCUCAAGAAUCAACAGGAUAUUUGAAUCUCAAGAGGGCAUUAGCAUUGACAAAAUCGUUGAAGCCGCAAGAUUUUCGAUCCAAGAGAUGCAAGGAUCAUCAACCAAACGAAUGUCAAGUCAUCUUUUUGAAGUUACUGAUGAAACUCUAGAGAAACAUGUGGAUAUCCAAAACAGCGAAAAGGAGCAGAAGAACACCAAGCAACAAGAUUUGGAAGCAGCUGUUGCCAAUAUUCACCACUUCAUAAAAUCAACUACAAAAGAAGCAACACAACUUCAGGACAUGAAUGGGAAUGGACAACUGAGGGAGAGCUUGGAGGAUUUCUCUUCAUCGGUUAGUAAAUAUCCAACCGGUGAAUCAAGCCUUUCUGACGUUAUGCUAGAACUCUCCCGCAUUUCGGUUCUAGCUAGUAAUCUAAACAAUGGUGCUUUGACUCUCAAGCCCCAUAGUAAAGAGAUCCCUGUUACAGAGAGCAACGAUAAGGUCACACUUCUCUUUGAAGAGUCAGAUUCUAAUCCACUGGGAGACACAUUUGCUAAGACAGAUCACUGUGUAGAUAACUUGAUCAAUGGUGAUGAUUCAUCAUGCAAGAGCUUGUUGAAAGAGGUGGAACAGCUAAAGUUGGAGAAAGAGAACAUUGCAGUAGAAUUAUCAAGAUGUUUGCAGAAUCUUGAAAGUACAAAGGCAUGGUUGGAAGAAAAAGAGCAGCUGAUAUCGAAGCUGAAAUCGCAGCUCACUUCUUCAGAAGAUCUCCAAAGCUUGGCGGAAACUCAGCUUAAAUGCGUUACUGAGUCAUACAAAUCGCUUGAUCUUCAUGCCAAAGAACUUGAAGCUAAAGUGAAAAGCUUGGAAGAAGAGACAAAGAGACUUGAAAUGGCUUUCACCACAGAAAAGCAUGGCCAUGAGGAGACUCUAGCUAAAUGCAGAGACCUUCAAGAAAAGAUGCAAAGGAAUGAGACUUGCGAAAAUUGUUCAUCAUCCAAACUCCAACCUAAUCAGGAGAAAGACAUAGUAUCUGCAACAGAGAAGCUUGCAGCUUGUCAAGAAACAAUUCACUUACUCAGCCAACAGUUACAAUCCUUACAGCCACAGAGCAACCACAUUCUCAAAUCUCGGUCCCCUGAGAAGAAGUUUCAACAGCACAAAGCCUCAGAAGUAACACCAAACUCUGCACUAGAUGAUCUUCCACAUGUUCAUAUCAUUCAACCAUCUCGUUCUGUUAAGCACACAGUGAAUCCAACGGUCCACGCUAUCAUGAAGUCUAGCUCUGUUUCUUCCUCUUCUAAAGAAGAUAAUGAGAAGCAUACGCGAGGAUUAGGUCGUUUCUUCUCCUCUAAAUCGAAGAACAGUGCACGUUAAAACGCUAGGAGAUAACACACUCAUUAUCUUUUGGUUCGUUUGAUUUUCAUCUUCCUUCAUGAUAUGUUUAUAUGUUUACAUGCGUUUUGAGUAUGUGAGAAGAGAACAGUUCUAGUGAAGAUCAAUCUUUGUCUUAUUA